CGCGAACCCACGAGGCCUUCAGUGUUGCAUCUCGCCCUGCUGUGGAAAGGCGCCUCAAAAUGGGCUGGCUCAACAUUGGAGCAUGCGUGACGCUUUCAGUUAUAGUCACUGCCAGCGUUGUGACGAACCGCCCCCUUCGCGAACCCACAGACGGAUUUAGGAUGCUUGGUGCUUUUCCCCGAGUAGUGGCAAUCUCCUCUUCGAACAACGAUACCUCGUUCAAGUGUCUCACCGCUACUAGAACUCAUUUCGACCUGGAAGCAAAAAGGGCUACCUACGUAUGGCACUUGGGAGGAAGUCGUGCAUCCACUGCCAAGAGGAACGUCACUUUCGACAUACAAGCGGGAAAUGCACCUGACCAGACAACCUACUACGUAGACAAUGACUUGACUCACCCGUACACUGCUUACUACAACUACACUGACUACGAGACCUGUAUGGUCAUGAUAGUUCCCUACGACAACCAUGACCACUGCUUGCUGUGGGUGAAACCUGCCUUGUCACAUGAUGUUCCGAGGCACUGCUUAGACCACUACGAAGAGAUCUGUGAAGUCAGGGUCCCUCAAUUCGACAAUGACCUCUGCGGCAACCUGCAAUAAAGAUGUUUUACUGAAA